CCUUUCGGCUGAAAGUAAUAAACCGGCUUCCGUGGCAGAUGUCAAAGCUGAUGCAAGUUUUGCUCAAACAGCUGUGCAGAGGAAUUACACAAUCUUGCAUUUACUCAGAAGUCUUCAGUCGAUCACUGUCUACAACAGGCCAGUUAUCUAAGACUGUUUCUGACUGGGGAUCCAAAAAGCCGAAGCACUUUGUUUUGAAAGAUAUGGAUCCAGAAAUUGAGGAAAAGCUUGCUCCUUUCAGACAGGCUGUGAAAGAACAGGGUGACAUUGUUCGAAAGCUUAAGGAGGAAAAGGCACCUGAUAUUGAUCUGCAGAGAGCAGUUGCUGAACUGAAAACUAGAAAACAUGCACUUGAACACAAGGAGUUUGAAUUGGCACCAAAAGACAGCUUUGACAGGAGUAAGAUGGAGGACCUGCUGAAACAGAAGUUCUUCUAUGACCAGUCGUUUGCUAUCUACGGAGGUGUAAACGGUCUGUAUGACUUCGGUCCUAUGGGAUGUGCUGUGAAGGCAAACCUGUUGCAGGCAUGGAGGAAUUUCUUUGUUCUGGAAGAGAAUUUACUGGAAGUUGACACAGCUAUGCUCACUCCAGAGGCAGUUCUAAAGGCAUCAGGUCAUGUUGAGAGGUUUCAGGACUACAUGGUGAAAGAUGUGAAGAAUGGAGAAUGUUUUAGAGCUGACCACCUUAUAGAAAAUACAUUUGAGAAGAUGUUAACAGACAAAAAGGUUUCUGCCGAGGUGAAGGAGGAGAUCAGGAAAAUCAUGCCAACAAUUGACAAUAUGAAUCAAGAAGAGAUGGGAAAAACGUUGAAACAGUUCAACAUGAAGUCUCCAGUCACAGGCAAUGAUAUCUCAGAGCCGAUGGAAUUUAACCUCAUGUUUGCCACAUCUAUAGGACCAACUGGCACACUGAAAGGGUACUUGAGACCAGAAACAGCUCAGGGUAUAUUUGUGAACUUUAAAAGGUUGCUUGAAUUUAAUGGUGGCAAACUGCCAUUUGGUGGAGCCCAAAUUGGUAAUGCCUUCAGGAAUGAGAUUUCACCCAGAUCUGGUUUAAUCCGAGUCAGAGAAUUCACCAUGGCAGAAAUAGAGUACUUUGUUGACCCGAAAGAGAAGGCUAAAUUUUUCAAAUUUGAUUCAGUAAAGGAUCUCAAAGUGACACUGUUUUCUGGCUGUCGACAGAUGGAUGGUAAAGGCCCGGAAGUGAAAACUCUCAGAGAAGCUGUAGCUGAUGGUACGAUAGCCAACGAGACGCUAGCUUACUUCAUGGCUCGUAUAUACAUGUUCCUAAUCAAAAUUGGUGUAGACGAUAAAAAGUUCCGCUUCAGACAACAUUUGUCCAACGAAAUGGCUCACUAUGCCUGUGACUGCUGGGAUGCUGAGCUCAAAACUUCAUAUGGCUGGAUUGAAUGUGUUGGUUGUGCAGACAGAUCAUGCUAUGACUUGACAUGCCAUCAGAAAGCAACUGGUCUCAAACUUGUAGCGGAGAGAAAAUUGGCAGAACCUAAAACUAUAGAUGUUGUGGAAUGUAAAGUGAACAAAGGGGUAAUAGGCAAAGUGUUCAAAAAAAAUGCUAAGGUUGUUACAGACUUUAUUGCUCGAAUGGACGAGAGUGAACUUGAUGCCAUGGAUAAAAUACUCAAAGAAAAAGGAGAAUAUGAAAUCAAACCAAAUGAUCAGUCACAUCUUGUUAAAUCAGACAUGGUUACCAUAAACAGAUUUCAAAAAACAGUUCAUGUUGAAGACUUUAAUCCAUCUGUGAUAGAGCCGUCCUUUGGUAUUGGUAGAGUAAUGUAUGCCUUGUUUGAACACAACUUCAAAGUCAGAGAAGGCGAUGAACAGAGAUCAUUCUUAUCACUGCCACCAGUCAUUGCACCAUACAAGUGUUCAGUUCUGCCAUUGAGUAACAACCCACAGUUGAUGCCUUUUGUUAGUGAGCUGUCUAAAGAUCUGUUGAAGUGUGACAUUUCCCACAAGGUGGACAGUAGCACUGGUUCUAUAGGCCGCAGGUACGCUCGUACCGAUGCUAUCGCUAUACCAUACGGUAUCACAGUAGACUUUGAUACGUUGAAGGAACCACACUCGGCAACACUCAGAGAACGAGACUCCAUGAAGCAGAUCAGAGCACCUAUCACAGAGCUUGCGCAGAUUGUGUAUGAUCUGGCCAAUCACAGACGUACCUGGGAUGACAUUCUCAAUAAUUACCCUAUUUUCGAACAACAGGAAUCAACUAAAUAAUGAUGGCAUAUGUUUAGUUCCAACAUAACAUCAUAACAUUAUGACAUCAUCAGUUACUUUUAUGGGCAUUUCUUGAAUUUUCUGACUAGAGAUCAUGCAAAUAUAAACUAACACAUUAUUUAAAGAAGAUAAAAAACGUACUGAAAGAUAGUUUUCGUUUCAUGGAAUUCAAUGAAAAAGCCAUGCCUUAAGUUGUUGCAAAGGAUAAAACGAUUCAAAUAUUUACCUUGCCAAUUUGUAAUGAAGUACAUGUACUGUCAGAGUAUGGUUUAGGCAAUAACGAAGUUUCCUUUGUGUGUGAAAUUGCUGAUACUACUUUAAAGAGAAAAUAAAUGAGACUUUCAUUAAUUUGUUUGGAAUUAACUUCUUGUUAGACUCAAAAUGAUCUCUACAAAAGCCAGUACCCCACGAAUGUUAAUUAUCUUAAUUAUAGCAGUUGGAAAGUAACAAAUUUUUCAACAAUGCAAGUUUGUUUAUAUUUUUAUAUGUAUAAUGAACACACAUAUAUCAUUUGGUGCAUUUUUUAUAAUAUUUUGUUAAGGCUUGCAUGUUAUAUAAUAUUAUACUAUGCAACAUUUUAUUUGGCAGAGUUUAGUCCCCUGAAUACUUUUUAUUUAUAGUGCUUAAAAUUUUUAAAAGUUGGAAAGAUAUCAGUGAUAAAAUUAAACCCCAGACGAAAAACAACAUAUUGUUUUUUUGUUCCCAUUUUCUUACUUCUCAUUGUCAUACUAAAGUUUACAGAAAAUCCAUCAUGACAGUAGUUUACUUGUUAAAAUAUCCUUCGGUGUUGCAAAAAAAUGAUCACCAUUUAUUUUGAAGAAUAUCAGAUUCUGUCAUGUAUUGUUACGAAACAAAAGUUUCAAGUAGAUAUAUCAGUUUGAAUAAUGGGGUACAAUUAUUUUGACAGUCAGCACAGGUUGUAUGAGAAAAACAGUUUCUGGACUGUCUUGCAAUUUAUGGUGUUUCCAUUUUAUAUGCCUACAACAUGUUUUGGAAUCUCCAAUCUAUUACCAAUUCUUUCAAAUAAAAUGCAAUAAUUGUGAUAAAUUUCUACUGAUGUAAAGUGAUAUCUUGGUAAAAUUGUCAUCUUACUAAUAGUGCUUUUAAAUACUUCAGUUAGCAGUUAACAAUGCAAUUUGAAAUACAUGUAAUAGAAAAAAAAAUGGAAAAUUUGUUGUUU